GGGGGGGGGACGUCCUCCGCAGUUCGCUGUUUGCUGGGGCUCUCAGACACACACCGAGAGCCGAGGAGCCGCCGCAGCCGCCGCCACCGCCGGGAGCCUACCCGGCCCUCCUGCCUUCCUCUGCCUGCCGCCGCCGCCACCUCCUCCUGCCCCGGGAGCCACCCCCCAUUCCCCCUCCUACCGGCCUCUCUCCAGUGCCCAGCUCUUCGGCGCUCGUCUUCCCGGCUCCUGGGCUCUAGGCUCUGCCGCGCUGCCUCGGGCUCUCGGACCCCUGGCUCGGGGUUGCUGGCCGGGCUGAGCGGGCUGAGCGGGCGGGCUCCCGGGGUUCUCCGGGUGCCUCCUCCCCCAGUCCCUUCCCGGCCCUCCCCAGCUCUCUCCUUCCCGAUCGGCCCCCUCCCCCCAACCCUGGGUCUCGCCCCGAGCCCGGGCUGAUGUGCAGCACGCGAAGGGGGACAUGGAAGUGUUGACGCUGUGGCUUCUCCCUUGGAUAUUUCAGUGCGUUUCGGUGCGGGCGGACUCCAUCAUCCACAUCGGUGCCAUAUUUGAGGAGAAUGCAGCUAAGGAUGAUGAGGUUUUCCAACUGGCUGUGUCAGACCUCAGCCUCAAUGAUGACAUUCUGCAGAGUGAGAAGAUCACCUAUUCCAUCAAGUUCAUAGAAGCCAAUAACCCCUUCCAGGCAGUGCAGGAAGCCUGCGACCUGAUGACACAGGGCAUCCUGGCCUUAGUUACGUCCACAGGCUGUGCAUCUGCCAAUGCCCUGCAGUCGCUCACAGAUGCCAUGCACAUCCCGCACCUCUUUGUCCAACGUAACCCUGGGGGCUCCCCCCGAACAGCAUGCCACCUGAACCCCAGCCCAGAAGGGGAGGAGUACACACUGGCUUCACGUCCACCUGUUCGCCUCAAUGAUGUCAUGCUCAAGCUGGUCACAGAGCUACGGUGGCAGAAAUUCAUUGUGUUCUAUGACAGCGAUUAUGAUAUCCGUGGGUUGCAGAGCUUUCUGGACCAGGCCUCCAGAUUGGGGCUUGAUGUAUCUUUACAAAAGGUGGACAGGAAUAUCAGCCGGGUAUUCACCAGCCUCUUUACCACCAUGAAGACUGAGGAACUAAAUCGCUACCGGGAUACCCUACGUCGGGCAAUCCUGCUGCUUAGUCCUCAUGGGGCCCAGACAUUCAUCAAUGAGGCAGUGGAAACCAACCUGGCUUCUAAGGACAGUCACUGGGUGUUUGUUAAUGAGGAAAUCAGUGACCCAGAAAUACUGGAGCUUGUGCACAGUGCACUGGGAAGAAUGACUGUGGUCCGGCAGAUCUUUCCAUCAGCAAAGGAUAACCAGAAGUGCACAAGGAACAACCAUCGCAUCUCCUCGCUGCUCUGUGAUCCGCAGGAAGGCUAUCUCCAAAUGUUGCAGGUGUCUAACCUCUACCUGUACGACAGUGUGUUGAUGCUGGCAAAUGCCUUCCACAGAAAGCUGGAAGAUAGGAAGUGGCAUAGCAUGGCAAGCCUGAACUGCAUGCGAAAGUCCACCAAACCUUGGAAUGGGGGCCGAUCCAUGCUCGACACUAUCAAGAAGGGCCACAUCACUGGCCUCACAGGGGUGAUGGAGUUCCGAGAAGACAGCUCCAAUCCCUAUGUCCAGUUUGAAAUUCUCGGCACCACUUACAGCGAGACUUUUGGCAAAGACAUGCGCAAGCUGGCGACUUGGGACUCAGAGAAAGGUCUGAAUGGCAGCCUGCAGGAGAGGCACACAGGCAGUCACCUCCAUGGACUGACACUCAAAGUGGUGACUGUCUUGGAAGAACCUUUUGUGAUGGUGGCAGAGAAUAUACUUGGACAGCCCAAGCGCUAUAAAGGCUUUUCCAUUGAUGUUCUGGAUGCCUUGGCCAAGGCCUUAGGAUUCAAGUAUGAGAUUUAUCAAGCUCCUGAUGGCAAAUAUGGUCACCAGCUCCAUAACACCUCCUGGAAUGGGAUGAUUGGGGAACUCAUCAAUAAGAGAGCAGACAUGGCAAUCUCAGCCAUCACCAUUACACCAGAGCGGGAGAGUGUCGUAGACUUCAGCAAACGGUACAUGGAUUAUUCAGUGGGGAUUCUCAUCAAGAAGCCAGAAGAGAAAAUCAACAUUUUCUCUCUCUUUGCUCCUUUUGACUUCGCUGUUUGGGCCUGCAUUGCAGCAGCCAUCCCUGUGGUUGGUGUCUUGAUAUUUGUACUGAACAGAAUACAGGCCGUCAGGUUGCAGAACUCUUCACAGUCUAGUCCAUCAGCAUCCUCCACCCUUCACAGUGCCAUAUGGAUUGUCUAUGGAGCCUUUGUACAGCAAGGUGGAGAAUCACCCACGAACUCCAUGGCCAUGCGCAUUGUCAUGGGGAGCUGGUGGCUUUUCACCCUGAUUGUCUGCUCAUCUUAUACAGCAAACCUUGCUGCCUUUCUCACAGUGUCACGGAUGGAUAACCCAAUAAGAACAUUUCAGGAUCUGUCCAAACAAAUGGAUAUAUCUUAUGGCACAGUCAGAGACUCAGCUGUAUAUGAAUACUUUAGAGCCAAGGGGACCAAUCCCUUGGAACAGGACAGCACAUUUGCUGAGCUUUGGAAGACCAUCAGCAAGAACAAUGGGGCUGAUAACUGUGUCUCCAAUCCUUCUGAAGGCAUCAGGAAGGCAAAGAAAGGAAAUUAUGCAUUUCUGUGGGAUGUUGCCGUGGUGGAAUAUGCAGCCCUGACAGAUGAUGAUUGCUCAGUGACCGUCAUUGGCAACAGUAUCAGCAGUAAGGGCUAUGGCAUAGCACUUCAGCAUGGCAGCCCCUACAGGGACCUCUUUUCUCAGAGGAUCCUGGAGCUACAGGAUACUGGUGACUUGGAUGUUCUCAAACAAAAAUGGUGGCCACGUAUGGGUCGCUGUGACCUGAAUAGUCACACAAGUGCUCAGACAGAUGGCAAGUCCCUGAAACUACACAGUUUUGCUGGCGUGUUCUGCAUCCUUGCUGUGGGCCUUCUCCUUGCAUGCCUGGUGGCAGCCCUGGAACUAUGGUGGAACAGCAACCGCUGCCAUCAGGAAACACCAAAAGAGGACAAAGAAGUGAAUUUGGAACAAGUACAUAGACGUAUGAACAGCUUAAUUGAUGAAGAUAUAGCUCACAAGCAGAUUUCUCCUGCAUCCAUUGAAAUCUCAGCCCUGGAGAUCGGCGGCAUGCCGCCCAGCCAGACCUUGGAGCCGGUUCGCGAGUACCAGAACACUCAACUCUCGGUCACCACCUUCUUGCCUGAACAGAGCAGUCACGCGGCCAGUCGGACACUAUCAGCAGCAGCAGGCAGCAAUCUGCCCCUGCCUCUCAGCAGCUCAGCAACCAUGCCCUCAAUACAGUGCAAACACAGAUCUCCCAACGGGGGACUGUUUCGUCAGAGCCCCGUGAAGACCCCUAUCCCCAUGUCAUUCCAGUCCGUGCCUGGGGGCGUCAUUCCAGAGGCUAUGGAAACUUCCCAUGGAACAUCCAUAUGAUUGACACCCACCCACCCUUCUGCCCACCCACCCAACCAGCAGAGCUUUUUAAUACAACUAAAAACAAACAGAAACACACACACACACACACACACACACACACACACACACACACAAAAGACUCACGUUUUUCUUGUACAUACCUGUAAAUAAUGAGAGAAUGAAGUGGGGUAAAAGUGUAUUUUGAAUAUUCCCAAUUUUCGAAGUCAGUAAAAAAAAGAAAAAAAAAAGAAAAAACACAAAAACAAGAAGUGUAUGAAUGAAUUUGUAAAUUUUGUUCUAUAUGAAUAAAAAGGCAAACCACUUGUGAUCAUUCUGAAGUGCCAAAGAAGCCCUGUUCCUGGGCCUGAGGGCAAGAAGCAAUUGUUGGGACCCCAUUCCCUUUUGGAGGGCAUCAUGGGUUCCCAUGCCCUUUGUGAGAGCCCACAGGUAUUUGCUGCUGAUUGUAAAGUGCCCCUUUGGCAUCUGCAUCCCCUCUCCUCCGAAUCUUUCCUCUCUUGGCCUGUACUGUUAGCCUGACCUUCUAAGUUUUGGAGAAAAUCUGCAAAAUUGACAUCGCCAAUCUCUGUUUCAUUAAAAGAAAAAGAAAGAAAAAACAAAGUAACAGUGGGAUAGAGGGAGUAGAUAGGAUAUUGGUGACAAAGCUCCUGAACUAUCUUUACUUUUCCUAUUAGGAAAUACCCUGCUGGUCACCGUGGUUCCCCACAUUUCAUACUAUGUGACUAACUUGGAUUUCUGUAUGCUCCCCUCAACCUUCGUUUGAGUUGAAACAAAACAGGAAGAAAUGAGGUCUGGGAAAUUGAUGCAGUACUCACUCUGAUGGGGAAGGGUAGUUGGGGUGGGCAUUGUGUCUGGUUGAGAUCAGGCAUGGUCACAGAUGCUGUGAGCACAGACAUAGAUGGGAGAGUUGUUGACACAGAUGAGGACCUAGAGAAGGGGAUACUUCAGUCCCUAAGUGUGAAUUGGGUGAAAUCUUGGCCUGCCGUGGAGGCUACUGGUGUACAGUAGCUCCAAUCCCAUAAAGCAAAUGCUUGUACAAUUCAAAGAUUUAGAAGAUGUGCCAUUCCACUCCUGUGACCAUUAAGUCACCAAAUGGUAAGGUUUGAAUUUAUACAGAACUGGUGCUGCUUGCUACCUCUUCCCGUUUGAUCUAUUCUAGACUAAACUCAUUAACGUAUCUCAAUAUAAAGGCAAGUCAGCAGGAAAAUGCUAUCCCUUGCAGCUAGAGCAGCCCAAUUGCUGAGGGAAGGGGAAAAAUAACAACAACAAAAAGGUAGCCAUUGAAGUUCUUGAACCAAGACAGGAGACAAACAUCAUUAGGAGCUGAAUUAUUCAAGUAAUCUUGGAAUGUAUCACUUCAGCUCCUCUCCUUUUGCAGAUGGCUGCAUUUCUUUUUAUUAACCUAACAGUUUGGAAAAUGCCAUGCAUCUCCAUCUCUAUGGAGCAAAGUCAUGCAUUCAGUAACAGAAACAAGAUGAACAAAGCCUAGAUGACUCCCUUAAGUUCCCUCACACACACAUACACACACACACACACACACACACACACACACAAAUUAUAAUCAGACCAGCUUUGACCUAGAGGGUUGAGUAAGGAGAGGAGAGGAGAGAGUAUAGGGUUGUGUUCGUGGAGAAAUAAAAAGUCACAUCAAUCACCUUGUC